CACACUAACCUAUAAGAAUAUCCUUUUCCUCUCUCUCUCUCUCUCUCUCUUUCUCUCACGCAAAUAGCAAUUAACGAAGUCACACACUCUACGUGACACGAAAAGCAUGGACCAAUAUCUCUACCUAUCCCUACUGCUCCUCUUUGUUUCCUUGGUCACCCUCUCCCUCUCCAUCCUCUUCUACAAGCACAGGUCCCCAUUCGCGCUCCCCAACCUCCCACCGGGAACAACCGGUUACCCCGUCAUCGGGGAGAGCCUCGAGUUCCUUGCCACCGGAUGGAGGGGUCAUCCGGAGAAGUUCAUAUUCGACCGCAUGCUCAGGUUCUCCUCGCACCUCUUCAAGACCUCCAUUCUAGGGGAACCGGCUGUGAUCUUCUGCGGCGCGGCCUGCAACAAGUUCCUGUUCUCCAACGAGAACAAGCUUGUGAGCGCCUGGUGGCCCAGUAGCGUCAACAAAAUCUUCCCCACCACGCUUCAGACGGACUCCAAAGAAGAAUCCAGAAAGAUGAGAAAGCUGCUGCCGCAGUUUCUUAAGCCUGAAGCUCUCCGACGCUACGUCCCCGUCAUGGACGCCGUUGCUCAGACCCACUUCGCCCAGCUUUGGGAAAACCAGACGGAACUCACCGUCUAUCCCUUGGCCAAGAGGUACACCUUCAUGUUGGCUUGCCGUUUGUUCAUGAGCGUGGAGGAUGUGAAUGACGUGGCGAAACUAGAGAAGCCUUUUCAUCUGUUGGCGAGUGGGAUCAUAUCAGUGCCCGUUGAUCUUCCGGGAACGCCGUUCAACAAAGCAAUAAAGGCAGCCAAGGGGAUCAGAAAGGAGCUGUUGGAAAUCAUUAGGCAGAGGAAGGUGGAUUUAGGAGAAGGAAAAGCAUCGGCAACCCAAGACAUUUUGUCUCACAUGCUCCUAACAUGCGACCAAACUGGACAGUUUAUGAACCAAUUGGAUAUUGCUGACAAGAUUCUUGGCCUUUUGAUUGGAGGACACGACACUGCCAGUGCUGCAUGUACUUUCAUUGUUAAAUACCUCGCUGAACUCCCUCACAUUUAUCAUAGAGUCUAUCAAGAGCAAAUGGAAAUUGCAAAAUCGAAAUCGCCAGGAGAGUUAUUGAACUGGGAUGAUAUCAACAAGAUGAAAUAUUCUUGGAACGUAGCUUGUGAAGUAAUGAGAAUUGCUCCUCCGCUUCAAGGAGGUUUCAGGGAAGCCAUCAAUGACUUUAUUUUCAAUGGGUUCUCAAUUCCAAAGGGAUGGAAGUUGUAUUGGAGUGCAAAUUCUACACAUAAAAAUCCAGAAUACUUUCCAGAGCCAGAGAAAUUCGAUCCAAGUAGAUUUGAAGGAAAUGGACCUGCACCUUAUACUUUCGUACCAUUUGGUGGGGGACCAAGGAUGUGCCCAGGAAAAGAGUAUGCUAGAUUGGAAAUAUUGGUUUUCAUGCACAACCUAGUGAAGAGGUUCAAGUGGCAAAAACUGAUUCCAGAUGAGAAGAUCAUCGUUGAUCCCUUGCCCAUACCUGCAAAGAACCUCCCAAUUCGUCUUUAUCCUCACGAACCCUGAAAAGAUACAUUUUAUUUGAACCAACACAAUUAAUUGUACUGUGCUAUUUAAUGGACUUAUAAAUAAAAUAAUUACAUAAGUUUUUACCAAA